AAUGGGGUGAUGGGUGUGAGUGGCCAUGUCUGUGCCUUUGAACAGAAUGUGGAAGAGUUUGCAAAGGAAUUACCGAAGUUGCCAAGAGAUACCACAGUCCUCAGGGUGGUAAAAGUUGUGAGAGCAGAAAUUGGUAGUGAAGAAAAAAGGGAUCAUAACUUCCUUGUGCGAAGAUCAGCUGUAUGGGAAGCUUUGGUUUGGUUGAAGAAGUACAACAUUGAGUACAAAAAUAUUACGUUGAAGGAAAGCAAUCUUGACUGGAUUUUGGGAACAGAGGACUACUUGGAUGGGACAGAUAUUGUCACAGACGAGGAUUUGGAAACCGAGGAUCAUGGUAUGUUGGAUCAGAACAGUGAUUUGGGUCCCAUACCAUUGAUGACAAGAAUGAAUCACAUGAUGAAGAAUGAUAUGCCUGUGUUUGGCUUGACUACAGAGUCAAAAAGGACGAGACUUUCUCCCGAAGAUGAAAAGGUUGUGGAUGCCCUUACUGAUAGUAUCAGUGAAAGUUCAAAGAAGAAGGAGAUCACUUUGUCAUAUCCUCCAGUGUCAGAGGAGGCCAUAAAUGAAUUUGGUGAUACAAAAAUCUUUGCAAGAGCUUACCCAUGGCUUUUUCCCGGUGGUAUUGGCGAUGUGAAACAUUUUCCACACACUAUGACGAAAUGGGGCGAGUACAUGUUGUUGUACGAGGAUGGUCGCUUUGCAAAAGACAAACUGUUUGCAUUUUUUGCUACCAACUAUAUUGUGCGACAUAGAAAUUCCUCAAGUGGGAACUGGUUCAUAAAGGAAUUGAACAAAGGUGGACCAACAACAUUGGAGGAGUUGCAGGAGAGCAUAGAGAAUGGUGAUACAAAAUUUACAUUAUGCGGUUAA